AUGGACGGACAAAAAAAAUACAACAAUUGCCAUAUAAUUAUUUUAAACCGCCAACACAGGCCGUGACUACCAGUCCACCAUACGCGCCUGGUCGUUCCGCACCGGUUCCAAAUUCAAAAUUGAAAUAUAGUCGUCUAAAACAUAGAGUAUACUUUUUUAUAGAUAAAAAAAAAUUAAAGCGGGCUGCACACGAUUUAUAUACAGUUAUAUUUAUAGAAAACUGGUUUUGUUUGCGAGUGCGCUUUGUUUUGUUGCAUAGGAUGCGCUGCAUAGGCUGUUAAACAAGAUGAUUCGAUUGAUAACUCAGGUAUUACUAGUAGCAGCUGCUGUACUAACAACUGCAGACUCAGAAGGGGAAAGUGAAUCUGUUUUGUCGUCAAUACUUCUACCGACAAACCAAAUCCGAUCAGUAAGAAGUUACUACGAACGUUACGGCUACGGUCGACCAUACGACAGAGACAGAGACGAUAGGCCAUCAAGAUGCGGUCGAUGUGACGACGACGAUGACGAUUCUGACGAUGACAGAAGAUCAAACAAACCUACUCACGGCAAUAGAUAUGAUAGGAACAGAAAUGACGAUGACGACGAAAAACGCUACAGCGAUAGACGUUCAAGCAAGAACGAGACAGACGAUCAAAGCGAUGAUAAACAUAGGGAUCACGAUGAGAAGGACAGGGACAGAGGACGGGACAGAUCGAGGAAUAGACACAGGAAUCGAUACGACGACAGAGAUAGAUAUAGUCCAGAUUAUUAUGACAGGUUUUUAAGAGAUAGAGACAGAUACGACGAUGGGUACGCUCGCCGUCCGUUGUAUGAAAGAAACCCAUACCCAGAUCGAUAUGACGAUUAUGGGCGGUAUGGUUAUUCAGGCUAUCGUCGACCGUAUUAUGAUGACAGAUAUGAUAGAGGCGGUUAUGAUGAUGGAUAUGGAGGGUACGGCCCAGGAACAGGUGGUGGACCGCAUGACAGUUUCAGACCAUGGGACGAAACAUACCGUGGCCAAGCAGGUUGGGAUGCUGGCGGCCGAGGGUAUUACUUCGCGUCAGGUAGACCUGACUCCAGCGUGUGGACGCAGAGGGAUUAUGCUAGACCGCAAGCAACUGGUUGGCAAAACGUGGGAUACCAAAGCAACCCGAGCGGUUAUGGAUACUCCAAUGGUUACUCCAGCGGUUACUCCGGAUACGCCACUGGAUCGCGGGACCCGUACCGGGCGAGUUACGGUAACGGUUAUCAAGACGGUUAUGGUUACGGUCAGUCCAGUGGAUGGCGUAACGUCGGGGAACGAAGACCUUAUAGAGAUGAGAGUUCCUUCACUAGUAACUUCGGUAAUGACCCUUAUGGAUCGACUUUUAGAACUGGUUACCAAGGUGUGGUCUACGGACAGUCAAUUACGAGUGUAGGGGAUCGGCGGCCGUAUAGGGAUGAGAGCGGAGUGACAAAAUUGGACAACCAAGACAGGUUCAACAGAGCGACAUUUCAGCCCAGUUCUUACCAACCUGCAGCAAGCUUCAGUCAGAGCACCACUCCGGAGACCAGCUACCUCCAUCAGAGAGAUGACCAAUUGGUCACAAAAACAGAAGAUUCAACGCAGCAAGCUCAAUAAUUUAUUUUAAUCAAUAUGUGUCUUAUUAAAUUACUAUACGGUUUGCUUAUGGAUUCGUGAAUUUGAUGAAAAUUUUUUUUUUUUGACAAA